UAUGUAUAUUUCGUGAAUAUCACUACUACUACUACUACUACUACUACUACUACUACUACUACUACUACUACUACUACUACUACUACUACUACUACUACUACUACUACUACUACUACUACUACUACUACUACUACUACUACUACUACUACUACUACUACUACUACUACUACUACUACUACUACUACUACUACUACUACUACUACUACUACUACUACUACUACUACUACUACUACUACUACUACUACUACUACUACUACUACUACUACUACUACUACUACUACUACUACUACUACUACUACUACUACUAUAUACUUGUUGUAUAGAUUAUGUAUAUUCAUAUUCCCCAUAUUAUAA